CUCCCCUGCUGCCCCUCCUCACUCGCCAGCGUGACGCUCUCUCUCCCUCCGCUCUCCCUCAUACCUCCCUCCGCUCUCUAACUUUCUUUCGCCUCUGAAAUAGCAUUAAAAAAAACACCGCUACGACCGCAUUUUCUUGACUCUUUCUAACAUCCCUGCGGAGGACAUGGCCGCGGUGAGGACGACGAUCCACCGGCGCCGCUUCUGACAGGUAACAGCUACUUUUCCUGCCCCCCGAAGUCUGCUCGUGGUCGGCAGGAACAAGGCUACUUUUGUGCGUGGAUUUGGAUCAUCAAUACCAUCGAUAAUUGAUUUACAUCAAAGUUAGCCUGAGCUCCUUCGGCAAUGCCACAGUCCAAUCUCUGAUGAGACGAUGAGAACCCACACCCGCGGGGCGCCCACAGUCUUCUUCAUAAGUCUGCUGUGGCCCCUGCUUGGUCCGGCGGCCACGGCAGAUGUGGACCCCGGCGGAGGAAUCCCCUUCAUGGGAGGCAACUACGAUGGUCACCCGAUGCUGUACUUUGGUCGCGGCGACGUGGAGGAGCUGCAGUACGCCGCGGCAGGGACUCACCGCGAUAUGGCGAGGAGGAUCCGCGAGGCUGGGGAAGCCAUGCUGGAGCACCCAGAGGAGUACCUGCCCCCCUGGAGCCCCGCUGAGUUCAGUGCCCGCUGGAACGAGGUUUAUGGGAACAACCUGGGAGUGCUGUCCAUGUUCUGUUUGCUGUACCCGCACCGGGCCGGAGCCCUUGACCUGGCCAAAGACUACAUGGAGAGGAUGGCAGCUCAGCCUAGUUGGCUGGUCAAAGACGCCCCCUGGGAUGAAGUUCCUCUGGCGCACUCUUUGGUCGGGUUUGCCACCGCUUAUGACUUCCUGUACGAGUACUUGAACAAGGGCCAGCAGGAGCGUUUCCUGCAGGUGAUCGGCAACGCGUCACGCCUGAUGUACGAGAAGUCCUACGUCCGGGGUUGGGGGUUCCAGUACCUGCACAACCACCAGCCCACCAACUGUGUGGCUCUGCUCACAGGAAGUCUGGUUUACAUGACCCAAGGUUACCUUCAGGAGGCCUACCUGUGGACCAAGCAGGUCCUGUCCAUCAUGGAGAAGUUCAUGGUCCUUCUGCAGGAUGUGACAGACGGCUCCCUGUAUGAAGGCGUGGCCUACGGGACAUACACCACCCGUUCUCUGUUUCAGUACAUGUUUCUGGUGCAGCGCCACUUUGCCAUCAGCCACUUCGACCACCCCUGGCUCCUAAAACACUUUGCUUUCCUGUACAGGACCAUCCUGCCUGGAUUUCAGCGAACUGUAGGUAUCGCAGAUUCCAACUACAACUGGUUCUACGGACCAGAGAGCCAGCUGGUCUUCUUGGACCGUUACGUGUUGCGUAAUGGCAGUGGAAACUGGCUGGCAGACCUGAUUCAUCAAAACAGAGUGAUUGAAGGGCCAGGGCAGCCUGGUAAAGGCCAGCGAUGGUGUACUCUACACACAGAGUUCAUCUGGUAUGAUCCAGGCCUGAUCCCCAAACCCCCGUCAGAUUUUGGAACGUCGCAGCUCCACUACUUCGAGGACUGGGGCGUGGUCACAUAUGGCAGCACUCUACCUGCCAACACCAACUGUACCUUUCUGUCCUUCAAGUCGGGGAAGCUCGGGGGACGCGCUAUCUUCGACAUCGUUCACAGGAACAAGUACAAGGAGUGGAUCAAAGGCUGGAGGAACUUUAACGCUGGCCACGAGCACCCCGAUCAGAACACGUUCACCUUUGCACCCAACGGCGUCCCGUUCAUUACUGAAGGACUGUACGGACCCAAGUACACUUUGUUGAACAAUGCGGUGUUGUUUGGCUCGGCGUUCUCAGGGAGCUGCUUUAAGCCGUGGGCGGGACAAGUUACAGAAGCCUGCGACUCCAAGUGGUUGAAAUACAAGGUGGGGCUUGCAGCUGAUGCUCAGGGCAGAGUGGAAGCUGCUAUGGAGAGAGAGGGAAUGGUCUUCAUCCGAGGCGAGGGACAUUCCGCUUAUAAUCCAGAACUGAAAAUCAGGAACUUCCAGAGGAACCUGCUCCUUCUUCACCCGCAGCUCCUGCUCCUCGUGGACCACAUCCACCUGGAUCCAGACAGCCCAGUCAGGGCCAUGAGUGCCUUCUUUCACAACACGGAGCUGCCGUUCCAAAGCACAAAGAUAGAUGGUGUUCAUGGAGCGUUUGUGUCACAUAAAGAGGAUAAAUAUAAGAUGUUCUGGAUGGAUGACACCAGCUACAGUAACAAAGGGGUGUUGGGUUACUGGAAUUACCCUCGAGGGUACCCCUAUAAUGGCUCUAACUAUGUGAACGUCACAAUGCCGUUGAGGUAUCCUCACACCAGGGUGGCGUACAUUUUCUUUGGACCAGGUGUGGACGUGCAGAGCUUCAGCCUGCGUAGCGAUGAUCAGAGGGUGGAUAUUUACCUGUUCACCAAGGACCACACUUACACCAUCUACCUGCUGACCGGAGAGGUCACCAGCAAGCCGCUGUUCUCCAUGGUGCUACUUGACCACAAGAAAAUUGUAUUCGAGAAGUCAGCGGCUGUGGUAGACAGCUCGCCUGAGGAAGUGGAGGAAUACGUCAACGUGAUGGAGGACAACCUCCAGCAUGUCAAACCCGUCUUCCAGCAGAUGGAGAGGCACAUCCUGGGACGGGUUCUCAACACUGCCAGCUUCCGUAAGACUGCAGAGCGCCUCCUCCAGUUCUCCGACAAGAAGAAGACGGAGGAGGUCAUUGAGAAGAUGUUCGCCAUGUCCAAGAAACAGAGCAAAGGCAAAGGGGGGAAGAAAGUGAACCUCGGGGAAAAGCUUUCUGAGAAUCUGCCUGACAUUUUUGCACAGAUUGAGGUGAAUGAGAAGAAGGAGAGACAGAGGACUUCAAAGAGAACUUAUGAGGACAGUCCGGAGGAGGGGGACGCAGACUCACGGGCCUUUAUGGAUUAUACAGAUGGCCGCAAGAAUAGAAAGGGCGGCUUUGUCAAGGGCCGCAAAUUCAAAGAGGUUCACAUGGUGGCCACAGCAGGGAGCGAGAGUCUCCCCAGCACAGCUUCCUACAUUAGACUGUUCCUCCUCCUGAACACUGCCACCUUCUUUUUACUGCUAGCUGUGCUACUGACUCGCUUUCAGAGGGGUCGGAGUCUGCACACUCAGAGAUGUUUCUACACCAUCCUCCUGAUCGACUGCUUCAUCCUACUGUACCUCUACUCCUCCUGCUCUCACAGUCAGUGCUAACAUCGUGAGCGUUGGAGAGGUCGUCCAUCUGCAGAUCAGUGACCUGCUGUUCACGGUGAAGUGAAUGUGCCUCACACCUCACUCUGAGCCAGGUCUUAUGACAAUAUCAGGGCCACUGUUUAAAAAAUUGUCUGGAGAUUUGAAGAACAAAAAGUUAGUAGAAUAAAGCUGUAAUUUUGUCAGGAAAAAAUGUUAAUACUUUGAGAGUAAAUCUGUAAAUGUGCUAGAGGAAAUAGUUGUAGUUACACAAGAAAAACACACAUAUCUAAGAGUAAAGUCAUAAUGUCAGGAGAUCCCUAUAAAAAUAUUUCAUCUACUUAUCUCAGAUGCAAAAUUAUGUGACACAAAUAGCAUCAAUCCUCAGAUGCAAAUUAUAAUCUUAAAGUAUAAUAUUACGGCUUUUAUUUUUGUAAUAUUGCAACUUCUACAUUGUAAUAUAUCAGGUUUCAUCCUAUAUUAUUAUGACUAAUCAUAAUAUUAACUUUAAUUUCAUUAUUGUGUUACUCCUAAAUAAUGUACUGGUCAGAUGAUAGUAUGUUAGUAAAUGAUUUAAAACCUUUUUUUGCCAAAAAAUAUGAUUGAGAUCAUUUAAAAACAGUGUCAUCACAUAGUUUUUCCAGCACAGUGUGCUCCGACUAAAUUCUUUGCAACCCUCAGCACUGUCUGCAGCACAUGUAGCAGAGUACACAUCACUGCAGAGCAGGUGGUGGAGGAUGAUGGUGCGGAGUAAAGCGGUGUUUUUUACAAUACAAUAAAAUUGUGCACAAUGAUUCCAGCAUUUUCCCUUUUCAAUAUAACUUUGACAUACUACAUAUACAGUAUAUAUGAAGAAUGUUUUCCUUUUUGAAAGUAAGUACUUCAAUUCUCUUGAUAUCGUGACUCCUAUGACAUAAUAUUACAAGUUUUAUUCAUGUAAAUUACAAUUUUAACACUUGAAAUAUUAUGACUCCGUCUCAUAAUUUUACAAUUCUUGUUCUUGUAAUGUCCAACGGCUUCUAUGCUCUUUAGGAAUCUGCUGAUAAUGACUGUAACCCCAAAAUUAUUCUCUAAUUGAAAUAAUAGGAAUUUAAUUUUCAAAAUAGAAUUUUUAUUUUCUAUUGCCUUCGACAUUCUUCACUUCUUUUUUUUUCGUGUUAUUUGCCUUAAAAUUGUAACUUCAUCAUUGUAAUAUUAUGUUUAUUGUAGUAAAUAUGAGAAAGUCAACAUUACUAGUUUAUUGAUGAUAAUGGAGUUAUUUUUAUUGGAGUAUUUCUCCAGAAGUCCCAGCUUCAAUAUUGUAAUUAUUUUCAGGUUGAAUCAGGUCAGGCCUUUUUAUUUUUACAGCCCAAACUACGUAACGAUACUAAUCUGUAAAUUAGAAAUUUAUUCUUGUAAUAAUUCAAUUUCAAUUCCUUUUUAUAUAGCACCAAUUGCAAUUAGAAUAGUCUCAAGAUGCUUUACAGAACCCAUAUGCCUGAACCCCUAGAGCAAGCCCUAAGGAAGCCGCUUGUUUCUGGAUAGAAAAUUAAGUCUCACAUUGCAAACUGUACUUGAAUAAAAUUUGGAUGUUCAAAGUCUUAUAGGGUUAUAAAAGCACAGAAUUACCAGCAUUAAAUACACAUGAAGGAAAGAACUAGACAUACUGAUUCUGCAGUAUUUUCCAUUGACACAAAUGCACAUUAUGCUACUGGAACAUAAAUGCUGAUGCAUUACAGUUUAUAUCAGUUUAACCUUGAAGCAGGCAGGGAUGGUGCUCCUUUGAAUUAUAUAACACAGUGUUAGCUCUCCUCACCUGAACUUUCACAGUGUAUCUGCUGAGUAUUAUUUGUAUUGUAAACCUCAAAGUAAAUACAAUUAUUUUCCUUCCACUGCUGCUCAAGAUCAACCAAGACAUGAGACGCAGAGAGAAAUACGAGCUAAAAUAAGGUUGACAUGAGUUUAACGUCGACUUUAAGUAGCUGAAUACCAACUUUACCACCAAUUAAAAACAGUGCUGAUUAUAUAAACUGGUUGUUGACCUUAAUGUACCUGUUUCCAUCCUUUAAUGUUCAAUAAUAUCACAACUCAACAGCAGCUAAUGGAACCAGCUAGCUUACAGUUAGCAUACAGUUUGCUGCUCACGACACAACUGCUGAAACAAUUGGGUGUUGCUUAAAAUUAACUAAUGUACUAGCUGGUUGAUUCAACUGAUCUACAGCCACAUAUCUGAUGUUGUUUCCUGGUAAAACUUUAACAAAACAACUGGUUUAGUGAAAACUGUUAGCAUCGUCCGAACGGGCCUUUCCUAGCUAAGGAAUCUACAAUUACAUGUGACUGUAAAUUAUUGGACAACACGGUUUUAUUGUAGUAAAAAAAAAACAAAAAACUUUUCUAUAUUACAGUUUUUUUAUUAACUGCGUUCUUCAAAUGUCUUGACUGUUUUUCUAACAGUGGCCUUAAUACUGGUAAGAUCUCCCCAACGGGUGCUUGUUCAGGAAAAAAAAAUGAUUCCAAAUAGGAAUUGAUGAAUUGCUGAGAUGAAACCAGACCACCUCUGAUGUAAUAAGCUUCUGUGGAGCUUUAAAACAGAGUCUGUGUGAAGUUUGUCCUUUGCAGUGUUCAGAGGUCCAGCCUUGUCUCAAAGAUCUCAAGGUUCGCCACUAAAGCACCGUCGCCACACCUGUACUUGAGAUUUGUACUGUUCUACAUAGUUCAUAGUCACGCAUUUAAAUGUAUAUAUGUUAAAGCAAGAUAUAUUUUUAUGGUCUCUGUCUUUUUUUUUACCAUUUGUAAAUAAAAUUACAACAUGCA